AUGUCAAGUAAGCAUUCUCGCCAGUCGCCCACGCCGUCGACCCCCGGUUCUUCCCAUCAUGCUUCGAAACUGCCCAAGUUCCUGCAAAAACAGGCCAACAGGGACAGAUCCAAGUCCGUCACAGACCCAGGCGUGAGUGGAAGCCCCAGCGGCAGCAGCAUUGCUAGCGGGAGCUCCAUAUCGACCUCGGAGCGCGGCAAAUCCAAGUUUCUGUCCUUCAAGGAGAGGGAGCGCGAGAAGGACAAGGAUUUGGAGAUUGACGAACUCACGACGCCGAACGACGAGCAGCCAGUCAUCGUCGAACCCAUCAACGUCCCCCGACCACGAACUCGCUCAGAAAGACCUCUCAGCACUGCAUCCGAUACCCACCCGAGCGUCUCGCUCUACGCUUCCACAUCCUCGACGGGCUCGCGCAUUGGCGACCUCCCCACACGACUCUCAGGCUGGUUCUCGCACACGUUCAGCACAUCAUCGACCGAUCUCUCGCUUCCUGCCCUCAUAUCCCAGACCCAGAGCAUGUCGACGGCAGGCUCGUCUCCCAAGAACAAGGGAUCGGCGCUGCUAACUGCGGCCAAGUAUGGGAGGGGGCAUCUAGUUGGGAAAGCGAUGCGAUACAUCCUGGACAGCGACGCGACGCCCGACGAGUGUCCCGAUCCUAUUUGGCUGCUUGGCGUGCAGCACCCUGGUUGGGAGCCGCCGCCGAUCCCUAAUUCGCUGACAUCUUCUACAGCAUCCGCGCCUCCGCGCAGCUCUUCAGACCGCAGACGCGGUUCAUCGCCGUCGCUGCGCUCCUCCACUUCAUCCAUCCAAUCUCCCACCGAGUCUCAAAGCAGUUUAGGGGUCAAACACCCGUCAGCUAACUGGCCGCCCGUAUUCUACGCCGACUUCACUUCACGGAUCUGGCUCACGUACCGAUCCCAUUUUACGCCAAUCAGAGACGUCCGCUUGUGCGAUUUGACUAACGAGCAACCGGUCGAGACCUUCCAGCCCAGCAGUCCGCCCUCGAAGGUGUGGGCGUGGGUAGGCAGAGGAGAGAAAGGCUGGACCUCAGACUCGGGUUGGGGAUGUAUGUUGCGUACCGGCCAAUCUUUGCUUGCAAAUGCGCUCCUUCAUCUCCAUCUCAGCCGAGAUUGGCGCAAACCCCCACAUCCUGUUGCUACUGCCGACUUCGCUACCUACGUUCAGAUAUUAACAUGGUUUUUUGAUACUCCUUCACCUGAAGCACCGUUUAGCGUACAUCGGAUGGCACUUGCUGGCAAGGACCUUGGGAAAGAUGUCGGUCAAUGGUUUGGCCCUAGCACGGCUGCUGGAGCAAUCAAGACUCUGGCCUCUGCGUUCCCUGACGCUGCGCUAGGAGUUUCCGUUGGAGUCGAUGGUGUUGUUUUUCAGUCCGAUGUUUAUGCUGCUUCGAAUUCGGGAACCCUGCCUAAACGCCACGUCCGAAAUAACUGGGGAGAUCGUGCUGUCCUCAUUCUUGUCGGCAUACGUUUGGGCUUGGACGGUGUUAAUCCGAUAUAUUAUGAUUCUAUCAAGUUUCUGUACACAUUUCCUCAAUCUGUCGGUAUCGCGGGCGGCCGACCAAGCUCCUCAUACUAUUUUGUUGGGUCUCAAGCUGAUAGUUUGUUUUAUCUUGAUCCACACCAUGCGCGACCCGCCAUACCCCUUCGCCCAACCCCUCAACCUAAUGAAGCCCUUGAAUGGGAUGCCGGCCGUGAAUCCGACCGCGAGCGUGAACACGGCGACAGAAGAUCACGACAAAUCCCCAGUAGCUACAACGACCCCAGCCACUCGCGCAUCCCAGCGUCCCCUUCCUCCUCGCGUACGGGCUCUUCGACAUUCUCCUAUCACGCUCCGCUGUCGCCAUCGCCGCUGCAGAAACAAUACUCUUCAUCUUCCUCCCAUUCGCAUUCGUCUUCGUCUUCAAGUUAUCCUGGUGCUCCUUCGACCUCUUCUUCACCUCCUAUGAAGUCCUCAAUGUCGACGUCGAGGACGCCCCGUGCUACUCGCGCGGCCUCCGUCAGUCAACCUGUGUCCCCUGAUGUGAGCACCGAGAUGGAUCAAAGCGAUGUCGUUUUCCUCAGCAGCGGUGGCGAGUCGCUCGACCCACUGCAGCAACACUACGUUACAGCCUACUCGGACGCAGAGCUCAAGACCUUCCAUUGUGAUCGGGUACGGAAGAUGCCUCUCAGUGGUUUAGACCCAAGCAUGCUCCUUGGAUUCCUGUGCAAGGAUGAAGCUGAUUGGGUAGAUUUCCGGCGGAGGGUUGGCGAGCUUGCGAGGGACUACCGGACUAUCUUCUCUAUCCAAGAUGAGCCUCCUACCUGGCCUUCUGAUUCAGAGAUGGGUUUGGAGUCAAUUUCAGAGCCGGAUGAUAUGGAUAUGGACUCCGAGGGGGAAGAUGAAGAAGGCGAAGAAAAGUUCUUCGAUACGAGAUCUGCCACGCCAUCUACGUCGAGCGCCAGUGCAAACCACGGUAAUAGAGGUCGAAGCGAGGAAAUCGAUACUGAGGACGAUCCAGUUGGUCCUAUCACCCCCGGCCCGAACUCCAAGUUUGACUUGCCUAAUCGCCCGCUAGCGUGGGCCGACGAUAAAGAUGCGGGGGAUAAUGACUACGUCAAAGAAGAAGGCGCGUUCAGUGACGAUAUUGAGGAUGAUUGGGUUGAUCCGAUUUCGCCCCCGCCUUCUCAGCCUGCUUCGUUGCCUCGAGCGUCCUCGGCAUCGCCUGUACCUGCGUCGGAUCCCGGGCCAAGUAGGAGUCCGCCAGCAUUCGACCCUUCUCCCCCCAUUGUGGCUACUAAGUCAAAGAGGAAGAAGAGUAAGAAGGGCGCGGAGACCCCUGUGCCUGUUCCCAUCCCAAUGCCUGCAGCCCUCCCGUUCCCCGUCUCUCAGCGGUCGCCUGAUGAGCUUCCUCCGCCUGAUGAUCGCACACGUACGAAUUCUAUUCGAAAGCCUCAACCUCAGCGGAUGCAUACUGCUCGGGCUAGAGACGGUGGCAGGACGCAAAGCGGAGGCGUGAAGGGCAUUGUGACUGAUUCUUGA